AUGAAUUCUGAGUACACUGUAUGGGUCUUACAUGGAGAGAAUCAGAGUGCAACUUUAGAAAAUGAUGGUGAUGAUGGUGUGGAAAUACCUGAGACGUAUGAGAUGUUUAGAGAUGCAUAUAAUUUUGAUGGUGAAGACAAUGCUCAUACAGAGCCCACCAGUGGAAAUAGAGAGGAUGAGUUCAAACAGGCGUUGGAAUACGCUGAAACUCCAUUAUAUCAUGGUUGCUCGACUUUUACAAUUAUGUCGGCAAUAGUUACUUUAUAUAAGCAUAAAACUGCUCAUAACCUAUCCGACACAGGAUAUGAUGAGCUUCUUGACAUUAUUCGUGUCAUGAUUCCAUCGGAUAACAGUCUUCCUAAGGGAAUUUAUGAAACAAAUAAGCUAUUGAAGAAAUUUGAUUUAGGGUACGAAAAAAUACAUGCGUGCGCCAAUGAUUGCUGCUUGUUUAGAAAAGAAAACAAGGAUCUGAAUGCAUGCCCUAAAUGUGGUACUUCACGGUGGAAAACAAAUGCGCAAUCUAAGGUGGUUAGAGAAGGGGUUCCGGCUAAAGUGUUGUGGUACUUUCCAAUAGUACCAAGAUUUAGGCGGUUUUUUCGAUCAAAAGAAAAGGCGGAGCAAAUAUUGUGGCAUUCGACUCACAAAAGUGAAGAUAAGAAGAUGCGACAUCCAGUUGAUUCACUUGCAUGGGAUAUGAUAAAUAAAAAGUGGCCGUGUUUUGCAUCAGAUCCUCGAAAUUUGAGACUUGGGCUGGCAGCCGAUGGGUUUAAUCCAUUCGGUGACCUUAGCAGACCAAAGCAACCAGGGAAUGACAUUGAUGUGUUUUUAGAGCCACUCAUUGAAGAUUUAAAGGAGUUGUGGGAAAAAGGUGUUGAGAUCUAUGACUCAUUAACUAAAUCCAUGUUUAAUUUGAAAGUGGUUUUGAUGUGGACAAUUAAUGAUUUACCAGCUUAUUCAAAUCUUGCUGGCCAAGCAACAAAGGGUAAGUGUGGUUGUCUAGUGUGUGCUAAUGACACAUCUUCUCAGCAGUUGCCAUGUAGUCAGAAGACUGUGUACAGGGAUUACAGGCGAUUUCUUCCAUACAAUUAUCCAUUUAGAAAGAAGAGAGCAUGGUUUAAUGGAAAAGAAGAAUUCAAGCUGCCACCUAGAAUAUUAUCUGGUUCAGAAAUUUUUUAUCGUGUAAAGAAUUUUAAAAAUAAUUGGGGAAAGAGUCCUAAAUCCCAAGAAAAAUCUUCCAAUAAGCGGAAGAGGUCCCAAAGAAAACCUCCCCAAGAGAAGGAGAAAUCCCAAGAAGGAAAAGACCCAUUUUGGCCAUGGAAGAAAAAAUCUAUAUUUUUUGAGUUGCCAUAUUGGGAGGUAUUACCUAUCCGUCACAAUUUGGAUGUAAUGCACAUUGAAAAAAAUGUUUGUGAGAGUAUUCUCGGCACUUUAUUAAAUAUAAAGGGAAAAUCAAAGGAUGAACUUAAAGCUCGUAUGGAUUUGGUAGAAAUGGGCAUCAGGUGCGAUUUGCACCCAAAGGAGAAAGGGAAUAAAUAUCACUUGCCACCAGCAAUCCAUAUAUUAAUGAAGGAAGAGAAGGUCAAAUUUUGUAAAAGGUUAAAACAGUUGAAAUUACCUGAUGGUUAUAGUUCAAAUAUUGGGCAACGAGUAGCAUUGGAUGAAUGUAAAAUUACUGGCCUAAAAUCUCAUGAUUGUCAUGUUCUUAUGCAACAAUUAUUGCCAGUAGCUUUGCGUGGAUCACUACCAAAAGGUCCAAGGAAUGCCAUAUUUCGCUUAUGCUCCUUUUUUAAUACAAUAUGCCAAAGGGUGAUUGUUAGGAAACAAUUGGAAAAACUUGAAAAUGAAAUUGUGGAAACUUUAUGCAUGUUUGAAAGGUUUUUUCCACCGUCUUUCUUCGACAUGAUGGUACACGUUACCAUUCAUCUUGCACGAGAAGCUAUUUUUUGUGGACCAGUACAAUUUCGUUGGAUGUACCCAUUUGAGAGAAAGCAUUUGGCGGAACUCAAGAAUUCUGACGGUCGUCUAGCAAGGUAUGAACACCUACUACAAAACAGGCAUAUGGAGACCUUCAGUUCUUGGUUAAAAGCUGUGAUUCCUACAAUGUGCAAUGUUUCAAGUAUGUUAAGGUGGCUUGCACGUGGGCCUAGGGAGGAAGUAAUUUCUUAUACUGGCUACAUUGUGAAUGGGCAACGUUUUCACACCAAGGAUGUCGAGAGAAGCACACAAAAUAGUGGGGUUACAAUUGAAGCUGAAACUAUUUGUCGAUCUAGUGCAAGAGACACAAAUCAAGUCGUUCAAAAAAUAUCUUACUAUGGUGUUCUGAAAGAAAUAAUUUUGUUGGACUAUCGCACUUUUAAAGUGCUGUUAUUUCACUGUGAUUGGGCAAAUAUUAGAAAUGGCAUCAAAGUUGAGGAAGGGCUUACAUUGGUGAACCUUCAAGAAGGUCAAAGUCAAUUUGCAAGAGAUCCGUUUAUCCUUGCAUCACAGGCUAAGUAA